CCCAGCGCAAGAGACACACACACACAAAAAGGAAUCGGACCCGUGAGAGAGACAGCUAAAUUCUUAGAGGAAGAAUUAAAGUUAAAAGUAUCACACGUGGACUGAUCUUUUUUUUGGAUCUUCAGUUACAAGAAGAGAAAGGAAGACUGUGGUUGGACAGUGUGACCUCUGACCCCGAGGAUGAAGGGAGUCCUACAUUUGGUGUGCAUGGCCGUGUGGGUGAGCAGGGUGGCCAGCGCAUCCACAGAUUUUGGGCCGGAGGCGCAAGAGAAGCUCGCCUCUGUGGAUGACGUCAACGUGCUUAUGUAUGGCGUGCUGCAGUUCAGCGAGGUCCUCCACAACACCUACGAAAACACGGGAGGUAAAGUUGACCGUAUUGCUACCGCCCUGCAUCACCAGGAGGGGGAGCUGGCACAACUCCAGAAGGAAGCCAAGGAAGCCUCACACACAGAGGAGCUCAUCAGAGACUCCUUGGACGAGCUGCAGACUCAGAUGGCCGGACUGCAGUCGCAGGCCAUACAGCUGAGCGGAGCCCUGAGCAAAGCGGAACAGGAGGAGGCAGAGCUACAGGAUCAGGUGACCACUCUGGAGACACACCUCCAGAGAACAGCUCCUGGAAAGAUCAGAGCCUUGAAGGAGCAAGCUCUGCAGAACUCCGGUGCUUUGAACAUUCUGAUGAAAUGGAUCCGGGACCAGAACCAAACUCUGGAGGAGCAGAACCAACAUCUGACUAAACUACAGGGAAUGAUGCACAAGAGCACCCCCAGAACAGAGUCCAGUCCACAGCCCCAGAACAAAUGAGACCUCUCAUGUGAAGUCAUGGACAGCACGUUUACUCACUCACUCACUCGCACCGGGUGCAGUCAGCCCUACGACUCACUAAAUUACAUUCUCUGUAACCUCCAUACUCUAAAUUCCAAGAUGUGCUGUGUUUGUAAAGACCUCCUGUUCUGGCUUCUGGACAUAGCAAUAAAAGCGCCAACACCGAGUGCACCUACUGUG